AUGAAGCAGUUUGCUUCCUAUUCACGUUUCUUGCGAAGACGAACCCGUCGUAGAUUGCUUCGACCUUUCGUACUUUUAGUUUUGUUUCUUUUUUUGUAUGCAUUUUCAAAACUUUUUUUUCGGGGUUCUUCUACACCGAAUGAAGUUAUGGUCAUUGAAAAUGAAACUGAAAUGGAAACGGAAACUGAAAAUAGUGCCAUGUUAAAUGUUAGUGGGUUUAGUAAUAUUCUGUUGUAUGAAGAGAAGAGUGAGUUAUGGGGAUUUACAGGUGGAAUAGAAAGUCUUUUGGAGAAGGGAGUACCACGAAAGUAUUGGGGCCCUAUAAUGCGACGUAGUCAUGAGGGAUCUUUAGACGAGUGGAGUGUUAAUAACAUGACGGGAAUGCGACUCACAGAGUCCACAGUGGCGGAAGAAGAGAUGCGGCUUCGCUAUAUACAGCACAGAAAGGUAAGAGAUGCCACUGGUUGUGAUACGCUUUCUGUUCCAUUUAAUCCCCGAAGAGAUAGUCGUUGUAUACAGUUUAUGACAACUCCCUCUAACUGGAAAGAAUUAAUUCCUAUUUCACAAUCAGUAGAUCAGCGGACUAUUAAAUUUGCUAUCCAGUUUAAAUCAGUUCAUGUAGCUGAUGGUGAAAUAAUUGAUGAUCCUAUAGAAACUAUUAUUAAAGUUCCUCAACGUCCAUUCCCAUCUGAAGCGGCUGGUGAGGUGGGAGCAUUUCAUGCAGAUCGUAUAUUGCUUAUAAAUCGUGUACCACCAACUGGAUGGGCAUGUUUGCCUCUGCAGAUGAUUAAAAACUCUGUGUCAAAAUAUAAAGAUAGUGUUAAUACAACGGCAAUGUUUCUUCGCAUGUCAGGUGUAAAAAAUUAUGAAGAUUGGGUACAGAAAGAUCUUUUUGAUUUUGCUCGUACUUCUCGUUCUAUAGAGUGGUCUAAAGAUGGUAAUUGUAUUGGUGUUUCUAUUCAAUUAAAAAUAUCUGAUGUUGGUCACUUUUUAGCUAGUGCUAUGCGAAUACCAUAUGAUGCCCAUACGGAUACUUGGCACGAUUAUUUUAAUUUGAAUAUUGCUACCAAAGAAAGUAUGGAAGAAUUAACUCGAGCAAGAAGUUACAUUGGUGUACUUCACUUGGCAGAAAUAAAUAUGUUUGAUUAUAUUGUUGGUAAUAUGGAUCGUUCACCAAAUAAAAAUAAUUUUGUAGUUGGUGGAACUCAUUUGGAACCAUCUACUGAUAAAAAGUUUAUGCUGCAUCCCAAUCAUCCUACAUUUAUUUACCUUGAUCAUGGAAUGGCAUUUUAUCGUAGACAUCCACGGCGAAAUCCACUAACAAAGUCCAUUGAGGCUUUUAAAAAAGGUUUACCAGAUACAUUUUGUUUUUUUCGCGGUCCUCUACUGCGACGUAUUCGUGAUUUAAUGGAACCCUCAGGUCGAAAAAAGGGUGAGACGAUUUUUGCGUUUAGGAUGAAGCAACGGCUGCCUAAUCGUGUGUAUAGUAUUAUUGGAUCAAGUGGGUUGCGAUUCUGCUCCAUGCGUGGAAAGGAGCUCCUGGGAGUUGCCGAACGUUGUCUGGCAAAUGAUCGAAUACAACGCUAUGUAUUGUUUCCUUGA